CAGGAGGAGUUUUUAAUCAAAGUUGAGACGCACUACAUAUCAUACGCAUCGAUAAGAUGCAUUGAAACAGUUUACAAAGAAACAUCACGCAAAACAAUUCAUUCAUUUUUGUUACGCUUCUUUUAUUUUGUCUCCAAAAGUAGAUGAUUUUUCUCAACAAACGGAAAUUUCCAUCACUUUGCGAACGCAUCGAUAGUUAAUCGCCAGUGUAAAUUUUGUGAUCGUUUCUUUGGCUGCAUUGUUAUGCAUUUUUGCAGUCGUAAUUUUGUUUGAUUUAUAUUUCGGGUGUGAAAACGCUACCAGUUUUUAUUGCUAAUGCAACGCGUGAAGUGCAAAUUUUUAUUUCUACUGUUCUCCGUUCGAAUGAAAAUAAUUAUCAAGAAGAACUGUCCAACAGAAACCGGGCAACAAACGAAUUCGCGUAUAAAAGUACGACGACACAAAAUCGUAGGCUCUGCUUCCCAUUGAAAACCAACAUCAAAUAGUACGACAAUAGGCAAUAAGGACUGAAAUAAACAUGACCAAUAGACUUUUAGUGCUACUGCACUUACUCGGUGCAUUCAGUAUGCUGCUAGUAAACGCUAAGACAUAUGAGACUGACGACGCGAUUAUCGUCGAAGUUGAUGAAACGCUAGAAACAAAGUCGCGCUCCAAACGUGAUAUCAAUAUUGUACUUCGUGAUAUAACGCAUAAUCCGGUAACGACAUGGGGAAGUAAAUUCGGUGAAGGAGGAGUUUGUGUCACCGCAAAAGCAUCUUUUGGAAAGUGUACAUCAUUCAAGGCUUGUUAUCCAUAUUUCAAAAAAAUUCCAAACUUCUCGCAAUUCGAUCAGUGGAUACUGGGGCAGUAUGAUACAUGCACAUACUAUACCGCAGACGGUCGGCAAGCGUUCGGCGUUUGUUGUGUUGAUCCGCCAAAGAUAAAUGAAAAGCCAGUAGUAGCCCCAGUAAUAGCCCCAGUUCAAGAGGAUGAAAACGUUAUUCUAGCAAAUAAGGAUUCUGCAAUUAGCCAAUGGCCACCAGCCUUUAUUACUCAUCCACCUAAUCAUACACCGCCAACUCAUCCAACAAUUUCUGGCUCAUGGCCGGCUGGAGUAACUCAAUUCACUACAACAAAGCGGCCAAUAUGGCCACCACCACUUCCGACGCAUCCAACUUCUGGAGCUACAUAUACAACCAAAUUCCCAACACAAUUUCCAACCACAACUAAACCGCCCCAUGAUCAGUUUUCUGGAAACUAUUGCGGAUCGAAAAAUGGAAAUCAAGACCAAGAGCGAAUCGUUGGGGGGCAUGACGCAUCUCUAAACGAAUGGCCUUGGAUUGUUGCUCUCUUCAACAAUGGUCGACAGUUUUGCGGAGGAUCCCUGAUUGAUAACAUACAUAUUUUAACUGCAGCGCAUUGCGUUGCCCACAUGAGCUCGGCAGAUGUUGCUCGAAUGACCGUUAAUCUGGGCGAUCACAAUAUUCGCACAGCUUUUGAAACACAGCAUCUUGUGAAAAAGGUAAAACGAGUUGUAAGACAUCGUUCAUUCGACUCUCGAACCUUGUACAAUGACGUUGCUUUGCUCACGUUAGAGUCGCCGGUGUCAUACACUUCGAACAUUCGACCAAUUUGUUUGCCUAGAUCAGGGCAGUUGUACGGAGGUAGCUUUGGAACAGUUAUUGGCUGGGGAUCACUUCGUGAGAACGGACCCCAACCAUCGAUAUUGCAAAAAGUAUCCGUGCCGAUUUGGUCAAAUGCUGUAUGCCGUCAAAAGUAUGGUGGCGCUGCUCCCGGCGGAAUCAUUGAAUCUAUGAUAUGCGCAGGAAAAGAUUCCCGGGACUCAUGUAGCGGUGAUAGUGGAGGUCCAUUGAUGGUUAUGGAUGGCCAUACCUGGUACCAGGCAGGGGUAGUCUCGUGGGGAAUAGGAUGCGGAUCAGGUAGAUAUCCCGGUGUCUACACAAGAGUCAGCUCGUUCUUGCAAUGGAUUGAAAAGAAUCUAUCAACAAAAUGAUAAAGACACCAAGAUUGGCAUUGGAUUUAUAUUUAUUCUUCCAUUUCAUCACCA